GUCACGCCGCCUGCGGUCCCUUCCUAAAAUGGCUGCUGCUGUCUCAGAGCUGAAAAUCAUAUUUCAGCGUUUCAGAUGGUACUUUGUGCUCACGACGACACCCUACAUACCACACCAAAGACUUCGAUCUUUGCGCAUUAUGCACAAAACUGUCUGUCCUACAGACGUCAUCCUCACAAGCGUACAACGAGCCGCGCACUCACAAAAAGUGCCAUCACGACCCCCUCCCUCCCCUCCCUCAGCCUACGAGUACAAACACGUGAUGACUGAUUAAUUCGCUCCCACUCAGCCAGCCCUCAUUAAGGCUCUGCUCCAUCCAUCCAUCCGCCGUGUAAGACAAGACGUGCAGAAGUGAAAAAGUGCCUUCGCAUACGGCGCCCGUGCGACACUCAUUUUCCACCGGCCAGUCAGCACAUGGCGUGCAGUGCGAUCUCGUGUGUGCGGUGUGCACACGCCUGUCGGUCAGUUGCUUCGAGCGCAGCAUCCGUUGAGCAGUUUGGGCUGGCAGAUGUCGUCGAAGAUGCACCGAACUUCCUCCCACACCUUGCAAAUGUCCUGGUUCGCAUCGACCUGACACACAACACACACACACACACACACACGUGUAUGCUGCAGCCGACAGGCGACGGACAGAUAUCUGAAAGACGGACCUUUUUGAGUUUGCCGGCGUCGUUGAAGCACUGGAUGAUGGGCAUGGUCUCGUCGACAUAAGUCUUGAACCGUUUGCGGAUGGAGUCGAGGUUGUCGUCCACACGGCCGCUGUCCUUGCCUCGCUCCACCAGACGCUGCUCCAUCACAUCCUGGAAACACACACACAGACACACCACACACACAGGUGCGCAUCAUGACAUGCGUGGCGGUGGUGUCGAUGGAGGCAGGUUAUGUGUGUACCUCCGGGCAGUCGAAGAAGAGGCAGUAUCGGUCGUCGACUGCAUCCUUCAGAUGGGCAUACCAACCCUCGAAGUUGUUCAGAUUCCUGCUCACACACACACAAAGAGAGAUGGACGGACCAGCUGGUCACUCUCUCCACCUUGCUGGCAGCCUGGCUAUGUGUGUGUUUGGUAUACCUCGGGAAUCCGUCGAUGAGGAAUUUGCCGCCCUCCCAGCCGUGCGACCGCAUCUUCUUCUCCAACAACUUGACCGUUAUCUCGACCUGAAUGAGUCAGUGACCCCCACAACCACACAAUGCAAUGGAGGACACAAUCAAACCAAUCCCCGGCUCCCCUCCCUCCCCUACCGGCACGAUUUUGCCUUCCUUGAUGUAGGUCUCGAUCAGCUCACCGAACUCGGAGCCAGGCGUCUUGCGCUAUAACCAAAACACACAAUAAACAGACACAGCCCAGCCUUCAGAUCGUGUCGGUCUCCGCUUGUCCGUUGUGUUUGACAGAGAGAGGUGCCUCACUGACCUCUUCCCGUAGGCAGUCGCCGGCGCUGACGUGGCAGAAGCCGUAGGUCUCCUCUAUCUUGGUGCACUGGGUGCCCUUACCCGCACCAGGACCACCUGAUACACACACAGACCACACACACACAGACACACACACACACACACACGACCGUCACAAGCCACCCCUCUCCAUUUUUUGCUGCGUGUGUUGCCUCACUCACCGAGCACAAAGACGACGAUGGGCCUUGCCAUGUUGCCUUGUUGCUGCUCCUCCUGUCCCUCCUGCUGCUGUCGUUGCUCCGGUUCUGGUGAGGGCGAGUUGGGAUUUGGGUAAAUGAUGCGUGCUGAUGGGAGGGCUGCUGGGCAGGCGGCUUGGACGAACGCUCGCACGCGGUUGAGCCCACACCAACGCAACACACUCCCCGCUAUCCUGACCUCGACAACAAACCACACCAACCAGCCGCCGUCGUUGGAUGACAACACCAAAUGUCGAGUGCCCGAACAGCUGACCACCCCACAAACAGGCCUUCUUUUC